AACGUCGUUUUCGUGAGCGUUAGAAAUUAGUAUUAUUUUGAUUUUUGCAUCGCAUCGAUUUUUGCGUCGAAACUGAGCUUUUUAGAGGCCCUGGCAACAAACCACACAAUUGAAAUAUACAACAUAUACAUACAGAAACUUGUUGCACGCGUGCGCGGCAUGUUGGCAUACUUUUAGCAGCGACUGUUUUUCUUUGUUCAACAGUGGCUGUAAAUUUCGUUCGUUCGCGUGUGUUAGUGUUUGUAAUAUACCCGCGUGUGUGUGUAAUGUGUAUAUGUGCUUAAAGUGCACUUACUAUGUGAAAUGGAGCAGCAGCAUCGGGCCUCUUAGCAACAAUUCAUAGCUUAGCUACAUGUUGCCGCAGCAUACGACCAGAGUUUAUUGCCCGUUCGCUGCUCUCGCUCUCUCCCUGGCGGAGAUUCAGAAAACACUUGCCCAGAGCGAACAUUGAACUGUGCCGUUGUGGUUGUGCAAUCCAAACAAGAUGACCACCAUGCCAGUGGUUUGGUGCACCGAUCCCAACUCGGUGAACAACAAACCCACAGCCUUUGCCCUGCACGGCAUACAGCUGCAGGGUAAUGUGACAGAGAAGCAGGUAAAUGCGUUGCGUGAAAUGGUCAAUGCGGCAGCUGAGGGACGCCUCAUACUGCCCUCGGAUGGCACAUUUAUGCUGCUCGACAGCGGUCUCAGCAUCGAGAGCUCCAUACUGGCCAAUGCAGGCAAAGAGACGGCCAGCAAUGGCAGCCCCAACGAUGCCGGCCACUUGGACAACAACAACAUCAACGGCAGCAGCGGCAACAACAACAACAAUAAUAAUAAGAAUCACAAGAACACAUACAUACUAAUGCCCGUGAGCAAUAAGACGGCGACAACGGCAACAACAGCAGCGUCAGUAGCAGCAACUACAACAAGCAAUGGCCAAUGCACGCCGGAAGCAAUUGCAGCUGCAGCGGCGCAAUUGGAAUUUCUGCUGGAGCCAAAAUAUUCAACAUUGACACCGCCCAGCUCACCGCCCAGUUCGCUGGCCGAGACCGAGCCGGGUGAUGAGAUACUGUACGAAUUCCUCUGCUGUGCCAAGUGUAUGAAUGAGCAGCGUGCGGGUCAUAAUGGCACUUGUGCCAGCCGACGGUUGCAGCGCUUCUUGAGGCAUUGUAGCAGCAACAAUAGCAACGGAGGAAGCAGCAACAACAGCCACAAUAACAACGAGGUCAGUGAACUGCUAUUGGAUCUAGAUCCUGUGUGCAGCAUUGCCAGCAAAUAUGCAAGACGACAACAGCAGCAGCGUCACAAACAGCUGGCGACUAUCUCGAUGGGCAUUGCACGUAAUCGUCACAGCAACAGUCGUCAUCAUCACCACGGCAAAUUAGCCAUGCACAGUGUGAAAAUCUUUCAUAAUCGCAGCACUUACACGACGCUCAAUGGCGCGUGUACUGCCAGCGUGGGCGUGCCAACAACAACAACAACAACAACGUCAACGACAACUACAAUUCCCAGUGACAGUAACAGUAACAGUUCCCCAACACUAGCAACGGCAGCGACUAGAGCGAGCGUCCGCUUGGCGUCGGCCAGUUUAUCGGUGACAGCGGCACUGUCAACAUCGCAGCUGUCCAACGGAACACCGCUCUAUGCGAUUGUAAGCAAGAAGCGUGACGCGAUCGUUGAAAACUAUGAAAAGAACAACAACACGAUCAAUCAAAAUACUAACAACAACAGUUCUAACAACAACAAUUCUAACAGCAAUAAUAAUAACAUCAUGUUAGCUGCCGUGCCCGAAGAGCCCAUAACGUUGACAACAGCAACAGUUGAAGAUCUAAUCAGUUUCGAGGAUGAUGAUAUUGUCGAGCACCAACAAAAUGCCAGCUUAGCCAAUUUAGCAGCAGCAACAACAACAACAGCUAAUAUUAACUGUGAUAGCCAGAACUCCCAAGUGGAUCUGUUGUGCGCACCCAAUGAUUCGGCGGAAGAAGCCGCCCUGGUGUCAUUGCAGGCAACACCACCACCCACGCCACCCAAACCCAAUUCACCGGGCAGCAACAAUUCGAGUCGAAAGACCAGCUUUGAUUCCACCUGCACGAUCAGCUCCAUGGACUCUGGCUUCAUGGAGAUGCAAAAUAAAUUAGAUGCGUUGGCCGCUGCCGCCGCAACCAGUGCGAAUGGUGAGAAGAUCGCGCGACGCAAUUACAAGGAAUGUCUGACGCAGUCGCGCAAUCGUCGCAAAUCCUACGAAGAGUUCAAAGCCAUGUUUGCCGAGUCGACGCAGUCGUCCGAAGCGUUGGCGCGUUUGACGCGACGACGUUGUAGUGCACUGCAGGAGCAGCAGCAGCCUGUGGAUACAACUGUUGAGGUGGCACCAGCAGCAGCAGCCACAACAGCCAUGCCUGUGGCGGCAGAUGACGCAACAACAGCAACAACUAUAACUAGCAACAGCAAUAACACUGUGAUGACAACGCUCGCCUCAAUAUCAGAACAAGAAACCACAAACAACAACAGCAAACCGGAUUGCGUAAACGAGUUUGCUACGACAGCAGCAACAACAACAGCGGAUGAAAUGGAUACCGGCGACGAUCUAACAACAACAUCAGCAACAACUGUUGCCACCGCCACCACAGAAGCAAUGCGCAAGAAUUCUGAUUUUCUAUCGCAAAUACUUGAUCAACAAUUGGCGGCCAAGGAACAGCGGGCGAAAGCGCACAAGCGACGCACAUCGUACGAGGAGUUCAAGCGUCUCGUGCGCGAAAUCGAUGCCGGCGACAUCGGCCAGCAGCAACUGACGUUGGAAUGUCAGCUGGUGGACACACCCACAGCAGCAACAACAACAAUACCAACAUCAGCAAUAACAUCGCCGCUUAAGCGUCAGAAUUCGCGUCAGCGCAAAAGCUUUGCCUCUUAUUUUUUGCCGCGUCGCAACUCGACCAACAAAGAGCCAAAGACUGAAACUGAGACAGAGAACGAGCCACAGCAAGAACAACAGUUGCAGGCAUACGCCAAAAUGGCGGCCAGGAACAACAGUUGCUGUUCGAGUGUGAGCUCCAGUGCCACCUAUAAGCGCAAUUUUAAAAUCUAUGAUAAGUUGGUCUAUGGCACCAUCUAUGAUAUAAUACAGCGCAAAAACGAUAUCUAUCAGUUAACGUAUCAGAAGUAUGACAAAUACAUGACCUAUGGCACCAUAUAUGAAAUACUGCAUCGCAAAUCGACGCCAAUGCAGGGCAGCAAUUCUUUGACCACUGGCAGCAAUGACAAAUGGCAGCGCAAGAGUCUGAGCUCAAUUUUAGAACGCGACACGACAGCGACAACAACAACAACAACAGCAGUGCAAAUGCAUAAAUCAAAUGAUGUGAUUUAUGAUAUAAUACAAAAGCAACAGCAAAAGCGCGAAAUGGAGGAGCAAAGGCGACUGCAGCAGCAAUUAAUGCAGGAGCAGCACCAACAGGAUGCAACAACAGAUGCCAAUAAUUUGGUCACGCACAUCACGCACAAAUAUGGCACAAUUUAUGACAUCCUACAAGGAGAGAAAUUGGAAGCCAGCGAUGAGGCAGCCAACAUCGCCGCUAGCAAUUCUGUUACCACAACGCGUUUCAUCGUCAGCCAUGUAGAUGAACCACAGCAGCAACAACUCCACGUCGCUGCCAGCAACAAUGUGCUUAGUGCACCUCCUACUGCUGCUGCAGCUGCUGCUGCAACGACUGAGACACCGCAGCAGGCCAGCAAAUGUAGCAAAAUGCGACGCUUGUCUAAUAUUCUAAGCUAUAGUAAAUCAAACAACAGCCACAACAAUCCGCCACACUAUGUCGCCAACAUUGACAACAGCGAGAAUAUGGUCAAGCAGCAGCAGCAGCAACAACAGCAGCAGGCGAAACGCAGCCAGGCCAAGCGGCGCGUUGGCGUCAGCAAUCUGCUGCUGCCGCUGGACUCGGAGGAGCUCUACACGCGCAUCAUUGCACAGCAGCGACGCGCCGGUAGCAACAUCAAAAACAGCAUCAGCAGCAACUCGAGUAGCGAUGCCGAUUGCCACGGGGCAUCAUUGAUUAAAUCCAAUUCAUUGGAUGCCAUCUCUAUGUCUGUAGCCGUCUCACCUCCGGCAACGCCUUCGCCCCCACGCCCGCGUCGCAGUCUCAAGCAGCACAAAUGCCUGCAUCAACAGCAGCAGCAGCAGCAUCAGCAGCAACGACAACAACAAGAUAAUUUACUGCCACCGUUGAUGAAGAAGCAUUCGCUGGAUAAUUGCUUGACGGUGCCGAAGCAGCCCCAGCGUCGUUGGUCAAAUCAAAUGCUGCUCAAAUGCACCUGUCAAACGUUCGAGGAGCCCAGAAGCAGUCACAAUCACAGCAACAACAACAACAUCAGCCACUGCAUUUGCCCAACUACCCCGCCGUUGCCGUUGCCGUUGCCGCCCGCCUUGUCUGUCAUUGAGAAGAGCCGCUCGCUGCCCACCGCCUGUUCGCAUACGUGCGUCAAUUUAAUGGCAGCCGUUGCCGGCUGUGCCGAGUCUAACAGCAAAACAGUAACAGCCACAACAGCACCAACAACAAACAACACAAAAACAACCACGUCAACUGCUCCGAUCAAGAAAGGCAAAUCGCGUCGACUUUCGGAAUUUACGCGGGGUGAAUUUUUAAAUGAAAAAUCCUGGUACUUCCGCAAAAUCAAACGCAUUGAGGCUGAGAAAAAACUGCUACUGCCAGAGAACGAGCACGGCGCAUUUUUAAUACGCGAUUCCGAAAGCCGUCACAAUGACUACUCGCUAUCAGUUCGCGAUGGCGAUACGGUUAAACAUUACCGCAUCAGACAAUUGGAUGAGGGCGGCUUCUUCAUUGCCAGACGCACAACAUUCAGAACCCUACAAGAGCUGGUCGAGCACUAUUCCAAGGAUUCCGAUGGCCUAUGCGUUAAUCUCUGCAAACCCUGUGUACAGACAAAUUCAUUUUCGGGUAUUUUUGAGAUCGAGAAACCUGUUACCGAGGGCUUAUCGCAUCGAACACGCGAUCAAUGGGAAAUCGACAGAACUUCGUUGAAAUUCGUGCGCAAACUGGGCUCAGGACAGUUUGGCGAUGUCUGGGAGGGUCUGUGGAACAACACAACACCCGUGGCCAUUAAAACCCUUAAAUCAGGCACAAUGGACCCCAAGGACUUUUUGGCCGAGGCUCAAAUCAUGAAGAAACUGCGCCACUCCAAACUAAUUCAGCUGUAUGCGGUCUGCACUGUCGAGGAGCCCAUCUAUAUUAUUACAGAGCUCAUGAAACACGGCUCCCUCUUGGAAUAUCUGCAAGCAAUUGCAGGCAAAUUGCGUAGUAUCAAAAUGCAAACGCUGAUUGAUAUGGCUGCCCAAAUAGCCGCUGGCAUGGCCUAUUUGGAGUCACAAAACUACAUACACAGGGAUUUGGCGGCGCGUAAUGUGCUCGUUGGCGAUGGGAAUAUCGUAAAGAUUGCCGAUUUUGGUUUGGCCCGACUCAUCAAAGAGGAUGAAUACGAGGCACGUGUAGGUGCACGCUUCCCCAUCAAAUGGACAGCGCCGGAGGCGGCCAAUUAUAGUAAAUUCUCUAUUAAAUCGGAUGUGUGGAGCUUUGGCAUUUUGCUCACCGAACUGGUCACCUAUGGACGCAUACCCUAUCCAGGCAUGACCAACGCCGAAGUAUUAACCCAAGUUGAGCAUGGUUAUCGCAUGCCCAUGCCACCCAAUUGUGAGCAGCGUCUGUACGAGAUAAUGCUAGAGUGCUGGCACAAGGAUCCCAUGCGCAGACCCACAUUCGAGACUCUGCAAUGGAAGCUCGAGGACUUCUAUACAUCCGACCAGAGCGAUUAUAAGGAGGCACAGGCUUACUGAUAAAAGCUUAAUGCGCCCGCUGGCAAACGCGGCAGCUGCAAUAAAGUGGCGCCCGGUGCUGCUGCCAGUCAAGCAGAGCAAAGCAACAAAAUCGAAGAAUGAGCAGCAUCCCAACACGGACAAUUCUUAUUUAGUUACUUACUUCAGUUUUGCACAGAUUUUCAAAAGCAUUAUACAACAAAACAACAACAACAAAAAUGUAUCCACAUACCGCACGGGACUGAGUGUACGUCUAGGUAUCAAUAUAUAUAUAUAUAUAUAUAUAUGUAUAAAUAUAUAUAUACAUAUAUAGAAAUACAUGUUAUUAGAGUUUAAGGGAGACAAAAUUUAGUUAUAAGGGCAGGAUGAUUGCAGUGUGCUAAGGAUGAAAGUAUAAGUAAUAAUUCAAUUGGCAUUUCGAUACAACACGUAUUUUGUUUCAUUAAAUAUAUGUUCUAUACGUAUGUAUGCAUGCGAAAGGCAAUGACAGCAAUGAUUUACGCUGAUGUGUUUAUAAUAAGGCGCUAUUAUUGAACGCUGAUUAAAUAUAUAUACAUAUAUAUAUUUAUGUCAUAUAUAUAUAU